AUGCAUUGUGACAGCACCAAAUUCAUAGUGACUUAUAUCAUUCUAUGUUUUUUCUAUCUUUCACUGAUUUUUGUUUUUCUCUUUCUUUCUUUCUUUCUUUCUUUCUUUCUUUCUUUCUUUCUUUCUCUUAAUUUACUCAUCCACUGGCAAAAGAAGGGAAAAUUCUCUUCCACUUGGAUUACGUUUGUUUUCUUUCAAUUUAUUUUCCUCCAUAAAUUUAUUUAUAUCUUUCAUUCCUCUUCUUUCUUUCUUUCUUUCUUUCUUUCUUUCUUUCUUUCUUUCUUUCUGUGUUUUCUUCAUAUUUUUCUUUACAUUUUUAUUUUUCCUUGUUAUUCCUUUAUUUCUGUCUUCCUUUCAUUCUACCAUAUUUCUUUUUCCCGGUUGAUCAUCUUAUAUUCCUUCCUUCAUCCCUUCCUUCCUACCUUCCUUCCUUCCUUCCUUCCUUCCUUCCUUCCUUUCAAACGUCUUUCUUUCUUUCUUUCUUUCUUUCUUUCUUUCUUUCUUUCUUUCUUUCUUUCUUGUCAUGCUGUUGUUCUUUUAUUUAUUUAUGUAGUUAUUGCAUUCUUUUUCUUUGUUCAUCAUUCCUUCUUUUCUUCUAUGCCCUUCCCAAUUCUUGCAUAUCUUUGGAAUAUUCUUUUUCCUCGGGAUUUCUCAAUCUUUUCCAAAAGUUUCUUCUCUCAAUUUAUAUUCCGUCUUCUCUUUUUAUUUCUCUUCCUUCUUUUCUUCGUUCGUUCUUUUCUUCCUUCCUUUCUUCUUUUCUUCAUUCUUUUUUAA